GGGUUUGAGGGCACGCCUCUGGCAGAGCAGAGAGAAGAAAGCCGUCAAGCAACCUCAGCCCCGUCAAGCAACCUCAGCCGAAAAUGCCUAAGCAAAUCCACGAGAUCAAGGACUUCCUUCUCACUGCCAGAAGGAAAGAUGCACGCUAUGUGAAAAUUAAGAGGAACAGAGAUAUGAUCAAGUUCAAGGUCCGCUGCUCCAAGUACCUUUACACUCUCUGUGUCUCCGACCCAGAGAAGGCUGAUAAGUUGAAGCAGUCCCUCCCACCAGGUUUGCCAGCUCGAGAACCAUGAAAGUCAAUGGCUGUCCUCAAGAGUUUAUUUAUUUUGUGCAAUUUUGCAUCUAUUGAAAUGUUAUGUAAUGGAUAUUGAU